CGACGGACGUACCGCAUAUCGUACUCCGUGCUCUCAGUGCUCGAUACUCGAUACCCGGACACUCCGUAGGCGUACUUCGUAUUCCGUAUUCCGUAGUCAGCGUCAUCAGCUGCAGUUUCACGUACGCAGCCCGGCCGUGCAAGUGUGUCCGUACAUCCGUGAGGCCAUCUCUCUCUCUCGCUCUCGCCCCCCUUUUGGAGGCAGUGCGUGUCCGUAAUUGGCAGGUCUCACUCCGUGGAAAGUACAACGUAGAACGUCGAACGUAACCCGUAACCCGUAACCCGUAACCAGUAACCCGGAGACGUGCCAAGUGCCGGAGAUAAAUUAACUGGACGCGAACGCGGCUCAUUUGAAUGCCAAUCGAUUGACGGCUAGUUUGCCGAUCCCCAACCGUAGUGCGUGACCCGUACUUCCAUCGCAGGAUAUACCCAGCUAGCAGGAUAACCGAAGACACGUACCACACGUGCGUGUGUGAUUGUGCUCCCUGUGACGCGGACAACAAAAGGAUGCGGCCUUCAAAGCGAAUGCCACGCCCUCUUUCAUCCGUGCCCCAAGUAUCCCAGUGCAACAACAAGUGAUAGAGUGCAAUAAGAAAAUAGAAAGAAAGUAGUUGAAAACUCCCUGAUACCAUAAUCAGGCAUUUGAAAAGCAAUCCCCGAAUCCCCGCAAAAGAAUGUUGCCAUACCAGGCAGCCGUGGCCAUGGACUACGCCGGAUACCAAAGGCAGCCCACGCCGGGUCACCCCGGAAGCCACAUGGCCACCAUGGGCACCCUGGGCAUGCCGGCGGUGCCCUUCACCCACAGCUGGAUGGUGCCCACGCAGGACCUGUGCGCCAUGCCGCCCUACAACAAAAUGCCCGGACACCAACAGCCUCCGGGACCCGGAAUGCACGUCCAACAACAGCCCCUCGAACCCGGCAUCCUGGAACUGCGCAAGGAAAAGUCGAGGGAUGCGGCGAGAUCGCGUCGCGGGAAGGAGAACUACGAAUUCUACGAGCUGGCCAAGAUGCUCCCACUGCCGGCAGCCAUCACCAGCCAGCUGGACAAGGCCUCCAUCAUAAGACUGACCAUCAGCUACCUGAAGCUGAGGGACUUCUCCGGACACGGCGAUCCGCCAUGGACAAGGGAGGCCUCCAGCAGCAGUAAGCUCAAAAGUGCCGCCAUUCGUCGCAGUCCCGCUGUUGAUUUGUUCGAACAACAUCAGGGCACCCACAUAUUACAGUCCCUGGAUGGCUUCGCCUUGGCUGUGGCGGCAGACGGACGCUUCCUGUACAUCUCCGAGACGGUGUCCAUCUACCUGGGCCUGUCGCAGGUGGAGAUGACGGGCAGCAGCAUCUUCGACUACAUCCACCAGGCGGAUCACUCCGAGAUUGCCGAGCAACUGGGCCUGAGCCUCACGAGCGGCGGCGGCGGAGGAGGAGGCGCCGGAAGUUCCAGCAGCGGCGGUGGAGGCGGCGGAACCGGAGUGGGCAUGGCCUCACCCACUUCCGGAGCCUCAGACGAUGGCAGCGGCACACACGUGGCCGCCUCCAUGACCCAAGCCUCGACAAGUGGCUACAAAGGCUACGAUCGGAGCUUCUGCAUCCGGAUGAAGUCCACUUUGACGAAACGCGGCUGUCACUUCAAAUCCUCAGGCUAUCGGGCCAGCGAUGCAACGAGCAAUUGCAACAACGGUAACAAUGCUAGUAACAAUGCUAAAAACGUUAAGAAUCCGGGCUCAAACUAUUCGGUGGUUCUGCUGUUGUGCAAGCUGCGACCCCAGUACACCUUCUCCCACAGCCGAAAAUCACAGCCCCCACUGCUCGGAAUGGUUGCCCUGGCCAUCGCAUUGCCUCCGCCAUCGGUGCACGAGAUCCGACUGGAGUGCGACAUGUUCGUGACCCGGGUAAACUUUGACCUGCGAGUGGCCCACUGCGAACCAAGGGUAUCCGAUCUGCUAGACUAUACGCCGGAAGAUCUGGUAAACAAGAGCCUGUACUCACUGUGUCACGCCGAGGAUGCCAAUCGCCUGCGCAAGAGCCACUCAGACUUGAUCGAAAAGGGUCAAGUGCUGACCGGCUACUACCGACUGAUGAACAAGAGUGGGGGCUACACCUGGCUCCAGACCUGUGCCACCGUCGUCUGCAGCACCAAGAACGCGGAUGAGCAGAACAUCAUCUGCGUGAACUAUGUGAUCAGCAACCGGGAGAACGAGAACAUGAUCCUGGACUGCUGCCAACUGGAACCCAGUCCGGACAGCAUAAAGCACGAGGAGGGUAUGGGCAAUGACAAGAGCAGUGGGUCGCCAGGAGGAGACGCCAGUGGCGAGGGCAAUUCGCACCUGAGUGCCGGCGACAUGAAGCUCAACUCACCGAAAACCGAUUCCGAGGGUCAUUCGCAUCGCGGCCGGGGACGCAGUGCAGCCGCCUCGCACGGCAGCAGCCUGAAUAGCCUCACCAUGAUCAAGGACAGUCCCACGCCGCUGGGCGUGGACAUCGACUCGGGGGUGCUGCCCACCACAGUGGCCACUCCGGUGCCACCAGCUACGCCCAAUGGCAGCAGCUCGGCCAGCGGAGUGCCGUCCACCAAGCGGAAGCGAAAAACCAAGGCGUCGCAGCAGGUCGAGGAUCAGGGUCAGGAUCAGCAGGUGAUUGCAGACCAGCCUCUGCCCAAACUGCCGGCCAUGGAGCAGCGGGAUCAGCAGCCGCGCAGUCGCCUACCCUCGAUUGUGGAUGAGCAGCCCUCGUCGGCAGCGGAUUCGGCGGUCAAGGAUCUGGAGCAGGCCAUGUCCAAGCACUUGCCCUCGCCGGUGGCAGUGGUAUCAGUGGCUCCGUCCAACACGGACUUCAGUGCGGACUCUCUGCUGAAGCAGCAGCAACAGCAACAGCAGCAGCAGCUGGAUCCCAACGAGAAGAGCAGCACCAUCCAGUGGAUAGGAGCACCCUACCAGCAGCCACCGGCGCCCAUGCCGGCCACCGCUCUCCUCCGGCAACUGUACGCCAACCGUGAGAGCGUGAUCCGGGCGACGGCCAGGCAAACGCCCACCGGAGUGGGACCCGGCGUCUUCUACGGCGACCAGCAGACGGGUCCCCUGCCCACGCCGCCGGGCAGUGAGUCCUCCUACGAGAACCAAUACCUGCAGCUGCACUCCGCCGCCUCCGGAGGACAUCCCGGUGGCCAGAAGACCUCCGCCGAUGCCUUCACCAAUCUGGUGUCCACCUACGGGGGCUAUCACAGCUCCAUCGACUACCACAACGCCAUGACCCCACCCAGUUCAGUGUCGCCGAGGGACUCGAAUCAGCCAGGAAAGUCGGCUCCCGUCCUGACCUCCAACGGGGGCUACGACUACGCACCCGAUCCGCUCCGGGGACAGUAUGCCACUUCCGCCGGAGACGGUGUGCCCGCUACGCUGCCGCUGAAGCCCCAGGCAUCCUAUACGGCCACAAUGCAUCCCUCGGGCAGCACCACCACCGAGGGCGGGGUGACCUACAGUAAUCUCGACCAGCCGCAGUACUUCGCUCCGCACUCGAGCUUCCACCUCUACCACAAGGGAAGCCCGGCCAGCGGUUGGUACUCCACGCCCUCCUAGGUGAUAGACGACCAGGGGCAGGUUCCGCAGUCCUGUCAGGACCAGUACCACCACCACCAUCAUCAUCACCAGGAAGGAUCAGCGGCAUCCAGUGGGAACCAGGCGGCGGGGGAGCGAUGGGACUUCGUAGGGGCGCUGGGCAAAGUGGCCAGGAUGUUUUUCAGCGCCAGGAAGGGAAAUCCGGGAUAGAGGGGAUGUGCCUCGAGGGACUGGAGGCGGUUAAGAAAAAACAGAGGGAUUGGGAUGGAUGUUUACUUAUGUUCCAUCGUUUAUCAUUUUCUGGGUAAAAAUCCCCUCAGAUCCCUGAAAAGGCGUCCCCGAAAGCAAUCCUUAAGAGUUAGACUAGAGUUAGGCCAAACUAAAAGCGUUAAAGAAACAUUCAAUGUUGUUAAAUAAUUCUUAAGUCUGUAAAUUAUGAAACACACACCCCACACUCGGACACACUGAGACCCAAUGAAAUUAUAGGCAAAAAUACUCAAGACGCAAUUGAUUUAAACAAAAACUAUGAAAACUAACAAAUAGUAAGGCUAAUCAUAAUUAAAGUUAAAGAUAAAGUAAGACUUGCAUAGAGUGCCAAGGAAUAGGAGACCGAACAAAAUGCGCUAUAAGGAGAGCGAAUCGAAAAGGAAUCUCGGCUUGAACUAAACCCGCUCCCAACCAAUUGUUAUUAAUUAUUUAAAUCAAUUGUAAUUUUACCAACACAUUAACGCGCAUUACGUAAGAUAAGCUCAAUAUGAUAUGUAUACAUUAAUAUAUAUAUAUAUAUUUAAACAUUUUUACAACAUAUCAAAUGCUUCCUCCUGUAGUUUUACGAUUACCUUUAAACGACACUCGCUCUAGGAUAUUCACUUCGAUUCGAUCCCCAGCAAGUCGACUCGAUUAUUACCUCUAAGAGCUCCUCUAACGUUCGUCUAUUUCCGUUUCCUCCCUAUUGUAUAUUUAAUAAACACAUUUAAUAAAAUCUAGUUACAAAUAAAAAAAAUCAAAUGCAAGAGCAAGAAAAACAAAAAGGUGUAAUUAAAUUUUGUAUAAACGCAAAGAAAGUUUCUCCCAUUAAAGGCUUAAAAUAUUGAAUAUAAUAGUUUAAA